CUUGUACUAAGUUCCCAGGCAGCGCGCUGCCCACAUCUAAUAUGGCGGCUUCUUCCCCCGCCCUGAUGGUGGCAGCGGCCGUGGCUCUAGGCGGAGGGCUUAUCCUUGUAGUUCGUCGGCUCUUAAGUAACAGCGUCCGAGCCGGAGGCUCCGGCCUAAUGCGUGGGAAGACGGUGAUCAUUACGGGGGCUAAUUGCGGGAUUGGCAAGGCAACUGCGGCGGAGCUGGUCAAGCAGGAAGCCCGGGUGAUUCUGGCUUGUAGGGACCAGGGCCGGGCUGAGGAGGCGGCAGCUGAGCUACGGAGAGAGGCCGGGGAGAGAGGGGAGAUAGUCAUCAAACAGCUAGAUCUGGGCUCCCUGCAGUCUGUCCGGCGCUUCUGCCAGGAGGUGCUCAAGGAAGAGCCUCGUUUGGAUGUUCUCAUCAAUAACGCAGGGGUUUUUCAGUGCCCAUACACCAAGACAGAAGAUGGAUUUGAGAUGCAGUUUGGGGUUAAUCACCUGGGCCACUUUCUCCUCACUCACCACCUUCUUGGUCUCCUGAAAAGCUCUGCUCCCAGCAGGAUAGUAGUAGUUUCUUCCAAACUUUAUAAAUACGGCGAGAUCAAUUUCGAUGACUUGAACAGCGAGAAGAGUUACAGUAGAAGCUUUGGCUAUAGCCGCAGCAAGCUGGCUAACAUUUUGUUCACCAGAGAACUUGCCAGUCGUUUGGAAGGGACUGGCGUCACGGUCAAUGCCCUUCAUCCUGGAAUCGUUAGAACUAAUUUAGGGAGGCACAUUAAUAUUCCCAUCUUGAUAAAACCUCUGUUUAAUGUUGUUUCAUGGGCUUUCUUUAAAUCUCCUGAGGAGGGCGCUCAAACCUCCAUUUACCUGGCAUCCUCUCCCGAAGUAGAAGGAGUAUCUGGGAGCUACUUUGGCAACAGCAAAGAGGAGGAGCUUCUGCCGAAAGCAAUGGACGACUUAGUCGCUAGGAAGCUGUGGGACAUCAGUGAAGUUAUGGUUGGACUUAUUAAGUAGAUACACAAGGAGUGACCGGCUGCCGUAUAAAAAGAAUAGUGUGCAAUGAUAUUUCUGCAGGAUGUGUUCAUAUUAAAGGGGUUGUUUACCUUUAAAUUAACUCUUAGUAUGACGUAAACAUAUUCUGAGACAAUUUGCAAUUGGUUUUUAUUUUUUGUGGAUUUUCACUUAUUUAGCUUUUUGUUCAGCAGCUCUCCAGUUUGGAAUUUCAGCAGCUAUCUGAUUACUAGGGUAUUGUUUACCUUAGCAACAAUACAGAGGUUUAAAUGAGAGACUGGAAUACAAAUAGGAGAGGGACUAAAUAAAAAGUUAAAGCAUAAGAAGUAACAAUAAUAAAAUUGUAGCCUCGCAGAGCAAUAGUUUUUUUGCUUUGGGGGUUCUUGACCCUCAUUAGAAAGCUGGAAAUAUGUAGAAUAAAAA